AAAAUGAAUUCUAUGAAGCUGCUGUAAAACAAACUCUGAUUGGGCUGAUCCAAAGGUGGUGAUAACAAGUCUGAGAGGGUCUGAACUAGGGAAGUUGCCUCAUUCUAUAGAAAGAAUUGAAAGAGUCCCCUACCCAGGUGGGGAUUCCAUGGUACAGAAAUAAAUGAAGUAUGGGGCAUGAGGAUAGCUAGAGCUCAUGUGCAGACUGCCUGGACAUUGCUGGAAAGAACUCUUUGAUGGAAGGCACAUGGGGCACACACACAUCUGAAGUGGAGCAUCCGGAGAUACACACGUCUCAAAGAAUUCAAGUUACUGUCUCUAUACUCCAAAAGAGUCUUGGUGGUGAAAUUCAUCCUAUUGCACUGCAGAAGGAGCACCAUGAAGAAAACACAGAAGAGGAACAGAACUUUCACAGCUCAUCGAUAAAAUCAAGGUGAAAUUAUUUCAAGCUGAGUGAGCAGACAGGAAACAGGGGCUGCUUGUAAAUGUGAACAUGUUUUCUGUUGCGACAGUUGUGAGCCACAAACUUUCUUCUGGGGGUGAAUUUUAAAAGUCGAAUUCACCCCAAACUAGCUCUCUUCAGAGAUGCAUGAUUUUUUUUGUGUGCAUCUGUGUUUAAGCACCAAGAAAACUGAGAGAAACAAAUCAAACGAGGCCACCAGAUCUAGUUUGUAGCUUUCUUGCUAACGGUUUUUUUCCCCUGAUACUGGUGAUGGAAAACCGAAGCAGCAUCAGUGACCUGCUUGUACGUGCCCUUAACAACCUUCUUCAGGAAGACUUUAAAAGAUUUAAAGACAAACUAUCACACUCUGACUUUAAGAGGAACGGUAUCAUUCCCCAGGGUCAGCUGGAGCAUGCUGACAGGAUAGAUACUAAGAACCUCCUGAUGAAAUUCUAUGGUGCAGAGACUGCCAUGGAUGUAACCAUAGACAUUUUCACUCAGCUCAAUUUCAGAGAUGCUGCUGAAAAACUCAGAGAAGAUGGAGAAAAAGUUUUAUCACAGGAAAAGGAGAAAACAGUAAAAGCUGAAGAAGAAACAAGAGGGAAUGACAGACGAGGGGAUCUGGGACCAUGUGCAAAGAAACAUCAGGCCAAGGAGCAGGGAGUUGAUAAUCCCUCUCUGAAAGGCUCUGAUUACCAGAAGAAGUAUAGAGAACAUAUACAAGAAGAAUACCAAAUGAUAGAAGAUAGGAAUGCUCGCAUGGGUGAACAAGUGAGUCUAGACAAAAGAUACACAGAACUGCUUAUUGUAAAGGAACAUCGGCAGCGGGAGGAGAAAGAACAUGAAAUAAUCACCAGAGGAAGGAAACACACAGAACUGAUGGCUCACCAGACCAGUCUCACUAAGAUUAAUGUUUUAUUUGACCCUGGUAGAAAUCAACAAAGCCCAAAAACUGUUGUGCUGCAGGGAGCUGCUGGAAUUGGGAAAACAAUGACAGCAAGAAAGAUCAUGUUGGACUGGGCAGCUGGAAAACUCUAUCAGAAAAAGUUUGAUUAUGUUUUCUAUAUAAAUUGCAGAAAAAUAAAUCUUGUUACUGCAAAGAAAAAUGUUGCUGAUUUGGUUUUAGACAAUUGUCCUAAUGGAAAAGGACCAAUUAAAGAAAUCUUUGAGAAGCCAGAAAAACUCCUGUUUAUAAUAGAUGGUUUUGAUGAAUUGAAUUCCGUGCUAGAUAUGGAGGAAGUUAGUCUGUGGUCUGACCCAUUUGAGAAGAAGCCAGUGAAAACUGUACUGUGCAGUUUAUUGAGAAAGAAAGUUCUUCAAAAAUCCUUCUUACUGAUCACUACAAGACCAACUGCUCUGGAGAAACUAAAGCAGAAUUUGAAAUUUCCAUGUUAUGCAGAGAUAAGGGGAUUUUCUGGAGAUGACAGGAAAGAAUAUUUUCAUAAAUUCUUUGGUGAUGAAAAGAAAGCAACACAAGCAUUUAAUUUUGUCCAAGAAAAUGAAAUGCUCUUCACCAUGUGCUUUGUCCCCAUUGUGUGUUGGAUCAUCUGCACGGUUAUGAAGCAACAGAUGGAAAGAGGGGAAGAUCUUGCACAAACUUCAAAAACAACCACAUCAGUAUAUUUGCUCUUUCUGACCAGUUUACUAACUGAUCAUUUCACUGACUCAGUGCAACAGUCUAAAACUACCCUGUGGAAGCUUUGCUCCUUGGCUGCAGAUGGAAUUUUAGAACGGAAAAUCCUGUUUGAAGAAGGUGACCUGAAGAAACACAAUUUAUCCUUGUCUAAGAUUCAGUCUCUCUUUCUGAAUAAAAGUAUUUUUCAAAAAGAUAUAGAAUGUGAAAGUGUCUACAGCUUCAUUCACUUGAGUUUCCAAGAGUUUUUUGCAGCUCUGUUCUAUGUGCUAGAGGAAGAUGAAGAGACAAUGAAAAAAUCUUUGUCUUCUAAGAAAGAUGUGACUCACUUGCUAAAAAUUUAUGGACCAUCUAAAAAUAAUUAUUUGAUGUUAACAGUACGUUUCUUGUUUGGUCUCUUAAAUAAAGAGAGAGUAAAUGACAUGGAGAAAAAAUUACAUUGUAAAACAUCAUCUGCAAUAAAGCUGGAUUUAUUGAAGUGGUUUGAAGCAGAAGCUAAAAACAUCUCCCUUCUGCCUUAUAAGACCUCUGGGGAACUGCGUGACCAGCUUGAGUUGUUUCACUGUUUGUAUGAGAGUCAGGAAGAAGAGUUUGUGAAAAGUGCAAUGGAUAAUUUCCAAGAAAUUAGAUUGGAACACAUCAGGCUUACAACAAUGGAUGAAAUUUCUCUUUCAUUCUGUGUAAAGAACUGUUGUAGUAAGCAGUCACUUUACCUGUGUAAUUGUACACUUGGGAUUGGAGAACGAGAAGAAGGAUGGAUAGCAAAGCUACGGAAAUGGUUAUUUCCUCUGAAUCCAGGGAUUAAAGAUCUGAGAACUUCAACUGCAUACUCAUUGUGUCAAGGACUGAAGGAUCCUAACUGUAAACUGAAGACAAUAUCCUUGUCCAGCUGCAAACUCUCAUCUGCUUUCCCCGAGCACCUCUCCCCUAAGAUGCUCUUUACAAACUGGUCCCUGGAAAAGCUGGAUCUGAGUGCUAACACACUGGGAGACUCAGGACUGAAACAUCUGUGUGAGGGACUGAAACAUCCACACUGUAAACUGCAGAUACUGCUGUUGUGGCAGUGCCAUCUCACAGCUGCUUGCUGUGGGGAUCUCGCUGCUGCACUCAGCACAAACCAGUCCCUGACUGAGCUUGAGCUGAGUGGGAAUAAACUGGGAGAUUCAGGUAUUAAAGUUCUGUGUGAAGGACUGAAACAUGCCAGAUGUAAACUGCAAAAAUUAGUGGUUUGGGAUUGCCAUCUGACUGAUGCUUGCUGUGGAGCUCUCUCCUCUCUGCUCAGCACAAACCAGUCCCUGAGAGAGUUGAACCUGAGCGGUAAUAACCUGAGUUAUUCAGGAGUGAAGCUUCUGUGUGAAGGACUGAAACAUCCAAACUGCCAGUUACAGAAGCUCGACUUGUCUGAAAACCACAUAGAUGAAAGAACAACCAAGGAGCUGGACGUUUUGCAGAAGAUAAAACCUGGGAACAGUCACACACCAGUCCCUCAGAGACCAAAGGAAUCUGAUUCUUCAGCCAGGUGUCUAUUAAAUCAAAUGCAUCAGCACCUGGUUAAAUGGCCACUCUUCAGCAGGAAAGAGUAUGUGAGUGAAAAAUUUACAUCUUGACAAAGAAAGAGCUUGGGGUUCCCGUCUACAUACUUUCUACUUCCUGAAUCUCAGCUGGAGAUGAUUCUCGAAGAAUAGAAAGAACUAUAGGAAGGGAGAGCAGACACCCUAUGGCAUUGACAACACUUGAAGAACAAAGGCAGCAUUACUGGAUAGGGUAAGGGACCCAGACUGAAAGAAAUUCAGCCUGUAAGACCAUUGAAACGUGAGAAGAGAGACUUUGCUUUGAAUUCACUUAGCUUCUUAAGUUAGGCAUUCAUUGUGUUUUACUUUUAUUUUCUUGUAACCAAUUCUGACUUUUAUGCCUCAUUACUUGUAGUCCCUUAAAAUCUACCUUUCUGUAGUUA